GAAGCUUUCGAAAGCACUAAUAAAGCAAGUAGCAUGUACUUGACAAGAACCCAAAGGGGAAGAGAGUGAAAGAGGAGCAGCUGUUGGAGGAGGAGAGUGAGACAAAGACGGAGUAGGGGGGGCUGUCCUUGCUUGCUCUUCACUCCGAGGUCUGAAUGUGGGAGGAGGCAGUGGGAGAUCAGGACCAAGAAAAGAAAAGAGCAGGGGUCGGGGACCAUGCUGCAAAGGAGGACUGUUCCCUGGGUCUGCGUGCUUCUGCUGGGGCUGACGGGGCUCCCGGCGUCGGGCUCCGACUUUCAGCAUCACCGAUACGAGGACAUGGUGCGGGUGCUGUUUGCGGUGCACAGCGACUGCCCCUACAUCACCCGCAUCUACAGCAUUGGGCGCAGCGUGGAGGGGCGCCACCUCUACGUGCUGGAGUUCAGUGACAACCCAGGGAUCCACGAAGCUUUGGAGCCGGAGUUCAAGUAUGUGGGCAACAUGCAUGGCAACGAGGUGCUAGGCCGUGAACUCCUCAUCAAGCUCUCGCAGUUUCUCUGUGAGGAGUACCGGGCCGGAAACCAGCGGAUCACGCGGCUGAUCCAUGACACACGCAUCCACAUCCUGCCCUCCAUGAACCCCGACGGCUAUGAAGUGGCAGCCAGGCAGGGUUCUGAGCUGAACGGAUAUCUGGUGGGUCGGGGGAAUUCCAGAGACAUCGACCUGAAUCGAAACUUUCCAGACCUGAAUUCACUGAUGUAUUACUACGAGAAAACCAACGGACGAAACCACCACCUCCCUCUGCCAGACAACUGGGAACAACAGGUUGAACCCGAGACUCUGGCGGUCAUAAAAUGGAUGCAAAACUACAAUUUCGUCUUGUCGGCCAAUCUCCACGGAGGAGCGGUGGUGGCCAACUACCCCUUCGACAAAUCACGAGACGCUCGCAUUCGAGGGAGGACCACGUACUCGGCCACUGCGGAUGACAAAAUCUUCAGGCAGUUGGCGAGGACGUACUCGUACGCUCACAGCUGGAUGCACUUAGGCUGGAACUGCGGAGAUUUUUUUAACGAAGGCAUCACCAACGGAGCCAGCUGGUAUUCUCUGUCUAAAGGCAUGCAGGACUUUAACUACCUGUACACCAACUGUUUUGAGAUCACUCUGGAGCUGAGCUGUGACAAGUUUCCUCCAGAGUCGUCGCUCCCCAGAGAAUGGCUCGGCAACCGAGAGGCGCUUAUUUCGUACCUGGAACAGGUGCAUCAUGGGAUUAAAGGCAUGGUGUAUGACGAGAACAACAACCCAAUCAGUAAAGCUGAGAUUGUUGUCGCUGGGAUUAAUCAUGAUGUCACAACCGGUGUGGAUGGCGACUAUUUCAGACUCCUGCUGCCAGGAACGUACACCGUGAAAGCCUCCGCUCCAGGUUACCUAUCUUCAUCCAAAACAGUGACGGUGGGACCAGCUGAGGCUAUCCAGCUUCAUUUUUACUUGAAAAAAGCGCCAAAACAAAACCUAAAGGGCAAGCACCAUCAUGGAAAGAAGAACAUCUCCGCCAACAAGGCGUCACUGAAGCUCGGCCCAAGAUGAAACAUGCACAAAAACGCACACAGAAGUUAAUCCAGAGACACAGAGAAGGCAUACCCAGCAUAUUAAUUAUGUAAAUGAUACAAGUUCAUGAUAUAUCUUUGUAGUCUUAGGGUAAUUAUGGGAUAAAAACAUUCUUUUCUUUUUAAUGAUUAUAAAUCGUUGCAUAUAUAUGAAAGGGUUGUUCCAAGCCAAGUGUAUUUAUGUAACAGUGUUGAUAUGUAUGAACACAACUGUUUGUGUAAGGGGGGGAAAAAAGCAACCUUUUUGUUAUCUUGGUUACGUAAAAUUUGAUGAGAACUGUAAAAUGAAUUAAAAGAAUGUUUUUACAA